AUGACCGAAUGUUCUGGGAGCAAUGUGGACAGAGAAGGGCUCCAGGAACUCGUUCAACGGUCAAAGAACAAGAACCUCGUAGUUGGCCGAUCAGGCCGAUGCGAGAUUUGGAUGUGCAGUCGUAGUGGUAAGAGGUUGCAACUGUGUCUACACUGUCGCUGGUGGUAGUGUUGGUGGUGCUGGUGCUGGUGGUGGUGGUGGUGGUGGUGGUGGUGGUGGUGGUGGUGGUGGUGGUGGUGGUGAUGGUGAUUGUGGUGGUGCUGGUGGUGGUGGUGGUGAUGGUGGUGGUGGUGGUCGUCGUCGUGAUCGUGGUAGUGGUUGUGAGGUUGGGGGUAGUGGUGUUGGUGAUGGCGGUGGCGGUGGACAGAACAGGAUGGGAGGUAGCGGCGAUGGCAGUUUAUGUCGAUGUAGAAAGACGUCGUGGCCUAGAAGUUUGCCGAUCUGACCUGCUUUUAAAUUGCCAUGAUGCGAUUAGAACCCUGGCCUGACGUUCUGCCAACUGAUUGGAUAACUCGGUCCUCAUCUCAGGAUGGAGGGCCAGGCUGCAACGGCUCCUUCUUAAUGAGGCCAUUAUAGCACAUCGCCCUACUUGGGUUACGAGCUACCCAUCUGUUUUCUAAAGUCUCAGGAAGCUUGUUUUUUCCGUAGCAUUGCUGAUUCUGUGUGGGGCGGAUGACAUCGAUCUCUGGCUUUAAAACAGCUUAUCUCAUCGCUUUACUGGGACAGAAGUUUAAAAUGUAUGAUAGGGUUUCUACGGAGUAACUUUUAUUAUAUCAUCGCACGUUGAUAGACUUUUUGGACGGACACAUUGAAGGUUUGUACUGACUAACCAUAAUAUAAGCUUUUUGCUUUAUGAGAUCUGACAUUCAAAGUUUUACCGAGUUUUGGUGAUAAAACUUUAUUUGAAAACAACCUAAGGACUGCAUAAUGCACCCUAUCCACCCCUGUCUACUGGAAACUGAUAGGACCCGGGAAGUCCUCACUAUCAACACAGGCAGGAUACCGACAUGGUAUAGUUUAAAAAAUUUGCCACUGAAAGUUUUGGAACAAAUGACACAAUGUACGAUAAGUAGUUAGAUUUUUUGAGUAGUUCUUUAGUUAUAACAUUGCAAGUAGUGUCCUAGCUGUCCAACUCAGAUUUUAUUGGUCAUGGUGUGCAGGAACUGAAAUAUUCUGAAUAUCCUUCAACACAAUAGCUCCUCUAGAUAAGCCGAAACGUUUGAACUCCGAGUAAUCACGCUUUUCGCUUUGAGGGGGAUUUCGAAACUUCGACCCUCUUUUUAUAGUAGACAAAAUAACUGAAGCCCUCUUCUUAUGCCCUAAGUAACACCAGCUAUCAAAACAUCAAACCCGACAAGAAAGAGCGCCGACAGCACUUGGAAUGACCCCUCAUCUGCACGGCUCAAUAGUCAUGCCAGAAAUCCGUGUGAACUUUAUUGUGCUUUUCCUGACUCUCUAGUACUCCACAGAAUAUUUUUCAGUCAAUCUGACUUAAUUAUGCAUUCAGAGGAAAAAUGGAGGAGGUAUUGAAAGACAACCGAAAAAGACAACCGCUGUGCCUUUUAAUUCGUUUAAUAUUUCUGAGGUCGAGUGAUAAUAAGGGAAGAAGUAAACGAGCGAUUUUAUAUUUAGAGCUCUGUUUUGAAGAAGAUGUUGGGAGGGGGAGGGUUUCAACGUCACACAGCUGCCCAAGUAUAGCCUACGGUACUUUCAUUAUUCUGAUUUACUAGAAAGGUCAUCUAAGCCAAUCUAGAAAAAGAAAAAAAGGAUGGAUGGCGGCUACUUUAGGUCAGUGGCGCAAAGUUCUAUUAGCUUGCCUUAAAUUCACUUUUGGGAAUUAACUACGCCGCACACUGUUUUGAAGUUGACUAGUUCCUCGAUUUACCUUUGACAGUCUUGCCUUCGCAGAGUUCUUUUAAAUUUCUGAUUGUCCAACAGUGUACGAUAGUCUGGCGUUCAGCAAACGUUCAGAGACUGGCUUUAAUUUAUACGCAAACAUGAGCAAGACAGCGUUUCCUGCAGUUACAG